AUGGCUUGUUGGGACAGCACGGCUUGCGGGGACAGCACGGCUUGCGAGGACAGCACAGCUUCCGAGGACAGCACAGCUUGCGAGCACAGCACAGUUUGCGAGGACAACACGGCUUGCGAGGACAGCACGGCUGGCGAGGCCAGCACAGAUUUCGAGGACAGCACGGGUUGCGAGGACAGCACAGCUUCCGAGGACAGGACAGCUUCCGAGGACAGCACAGUUUCUGAGGACAACACAGCUUCCGAGGACAGCAAAGCUUGCGAGGUCAGCACAGCUUGCAAGGACAGCACAGCUAGCGAAGACAGCACAGCUUGCAAGGACUGCACAGCUUGCGAGGACAGCACAGCUUGCGAGGACAGCACAGCUUGCGUGGACAGCACAGCUUGCGAGGACAGCACAGCUUGCGAGGACAGCACAGCUUGCGAGGACAGCACAGCUUGCGAGGACAGCACAGCUUGUGAGGACAGUACAGCUUGCGAGGACAUCACAGCUUUCGAGGACAGCACAGCUAGCGAGGACAGCACAGCUUGCGAGGACAGCAAGGCUUGCGAGGACAGCACGGCUUGCGAGGACAGCACGGCUUGCGAGCACAGCACAGCUUGCGAGGACAGCUCAACUUGA